AUGGCAUCAGCUACAUCAUUCCGUGAGCUCAUUGGCGUUCAGCCCUCCAGCGCCAGUCCCACCGACAGCGUCCUCAUCAUCAUUGAUGCGCAAAAUGAAUAUGCCGAGGGAAAGCUUCAAGUCGCCAACGUUGCCGAGUCGCGCAAGGUCAUUGCCGCACUUCUAGAAAAGUACAGAGCCGCCAAUGGAAGCAUCGUGCACGUCGUACAUGCCACGCCAGAGGGUGCUCCCGUCUUCACACCCGGCACCAACCUCGCUCAGGAAUUUGAUGAGCUGAAACCCAAGGAUGGAGAGGCUAUCAUCCAGAAGAAUUAUCCUGGUUCCUUUGCCAAGACGGAUCUGCAAGAGGUUCUUGACAAGACUGGAAAGAAGAAGGUUGUUCUGACUGGAUACAUGGCUCAUGUCUGUGUCUCAACCACUGCACGACAAGCUGCUGAGCGUGGCUUCGACGUUUUGAUCCCUGAAGACGCUGUUGGUGACCGAAACAUUCCCGGUGUCGAUGCGGAUCAGCUGGUCAAGGUUGCCCUGAGCGAGAUUGGUGAUGCUUUUGGAACUAUCAUCAAGAGCAGCAGCAUUGCUUAG